UUUUGUCUUUUUCUCUUUCGGCACUCAAUGCCCUGAAACCCGGAAACACCUCCAGACUGGAACAGACGGAGCGCUGAUUUCACGGAAGCUCCACAAACACAAGACCUGGUGUGCUUAAAAUGGAAAGUCAGAAGCUGGUGAUUGAGAGACUUCGGGCUGCGUUCCGGUCCAAGGUGACUGUUCCCCUUAAUUUCCGUCUCACUCAACUGGAGGCUAUGCUGUCUUUACUGCAGGAUAAUGAGGAACAGAUUGUAGAUGCACUGCAUAAAGAUCUUACAAAGCCCAAGUUUGAGGCAGUGCUAUCAGAAAUUGACAUGGUGGCCAAUGAGAUUCGUUAUACCAUCCGAAACUUGGAAGCCUGGAUGCAGCCGAGCUAUGUGGAAAAAAACUUGGCAACAAAACUAGAUGACUGCUUUGUACGCAGAGAACCUUUAGGGGUUGUUCUGAUAAUCGGCGCAUGGAACUACCCUCUCCAGCUCAUUCUAGGACCAUUGAUUGGUGCUAUUGCUGCAGGCAACUGUGCUGUUCUGAAGCCUUCGGAAAUCAGUCCAGCCACUGAGCGACUCCUCUCAGAGCUAAUUCCAAAGUAUCUGUCUCAGGAGUGCUUCGCUGUUAUCUGUGGAGGAGCAGAAGAAACCAGAUUAUUGUUGCAAAACAAAUUUGAUCAUAUUUUCUACACAGGCUCUCAGGCUGUGGCACGGAGCAUCCUGCAGGCAGCCGCAGUGCACCUCACCCCUGUCACUCUAGAGCUGGGUGGAAAAUGUCCGUGCCUCAUUUAUGGCCACCUAGACAUCAAGACUGCUGCCAAAAGGCUUGUAUGGGCCAAGUUUUUCAAUGUGGGGCAAAGUUGUGUGGCACCAGAUUAUGUCCUGUGCACGGCGGAGAUGAAAGAUAGUCUAAUUCCUAUGAUUGUUGAAGCACUGGAGGGCUUCUAUGGACCUCGGAUUCAGGAGAGCCCGGACUACGGCCGGAUUGUGACCGAUAGACACUGGAAGAGACUCAUGGAAAUCCUGGGAAAGUCUAAAGGAAAGGUGGUUAUAGGAGGAGAAUCUGUGGAAGAGGACAAGUAUAUUGCUCCUACAGUCGUUGUUGAUGUAACAGAAUCGGACGCAUUAAUGCAAGAGGAAAUUUUCGGACCUAUUCUCCCCAUCAUCACCAUGGAGUCUCUAGAGCAAGGCAUCCGCUUCAUCAACGAAAGAGAGAAGCCACUGGCGCUCUAUGUUUUUUCUGAUCAGUCUCAGGUUGUAAAUACAGUAUUGGAGCAAACCACCAGUGGAGGGUUUUGUUCAAAUGAUGGAAUUGUUCACAUGUCACUUCCUGGUUUGCCUUUUGGAGGAGUAGGUGCGAGUGGGAUGGGCAGUUAUCAUGGCCGCUGGGGCUUUGAGACGUUCAGCCACAAGCGGGGGUGUAUGCUACGAGGUUGGGGACUCGAACGGAUCGGCGCGUUACGUUAUCCACCCUAUCAAGAGAGCAACCUGGGCUGGCUGCGCUGGGCCACACAAGCUAAAAAGAAAAGCUGGGAAGGAUGCAGUGUUAUGUGAAUUUUUGUCUCUUUUGCUAAACAUAUGGAUUUUAAUAGUAGCUUUCAGUAAAGGGGAAUGAAGAACACAAACGUGCAAGGAAUAAGUUAUGCACAGUUUGUGUGCUGCACACCAUGGAAGUAAAAUUCUUUCUCUCUCUUCUCUUAAUUGUAAAACACUAUUUUCUA